CUCGGGUUUUAAUUGUUGAUCAACAAUUUAUUUCUAAUUUUCGCCUUUCCUUGUGAGGAUAUACAUAUAUAUAUAUAUAUAUAUAUAAAUCGUGAACGUGUACAUGUGAAUCUGUGAAUUCUGGUGGAGGAUAAAUUUUACUCUCGAUUUAUAAUUAGAGGAAAUAUAGAAGUUAAUUAAUCUGAUCUAUUUGAUUGUGGUUAAUGUUUAUUUCCAAUCAAGAUCAUCUUUCGUUUGGUGUUAACAAUUUGUUUUCUUUUGUUUAUUAAUAUUUUCUGUAUUAUAUUAUUUUCGUGGUUAAUUGUCAUCUCUCCCUCUAUCUCUGUUUGAGAUUGAAUUACUCUGUGUUAUUAGUAGUUAAUUGUUAUUAUUAAUUGUUAUUCAUUAAUAAUGAAUGAACGACCAGAAAUUAUCAUCUCCGGAGUCUCUGGGCGAUUCUCAAAUUGUGCUAAUGUUAAUCAACUAAAGGAUAAACUUUACAAAGGCGUUGAUAUGACCUACGAUAAUGAAGAAAGAUGGCCAAAGGGAAUUUAUGGUUUACCAUCAAAAAGUGGAGCUCUAUUGGAUUUACAAAAUUUUGAUGCUUCGUUUUUUGGAUUAACUGAUGAAGAAGCGGAUUUAAUUGAUCCCUCGACAAGAUGUACCAUUGAAACUACAUUCGAAGCCCUUUGUGAUGCAGGAUUGGACCCAUGGAAUCUUGAUAAAAGGAAGGUUGGAUUGUUCCAUGGACAAACAAAUAACGAAAUGAAUCGUUAUUCAGUUGAAUUUGAAGGGAAAUCAACUAAUCUACAGACACAAGAGCGUUUGAUUGCCCACAUAUUCAACAUUAAGAAUGGUGCUUUUCUGUACGAAACUGCUUGUUCCUCAAGUUUCACCGCUUUAGCUCAAGCAUUUCUCCAUUUAACUUGUGGUCAUAUUGACCUGGCGAUCGUUUCUUGUGCCAAUAUUAUGUGGACUCCAGCGAUCGCUUUAUCUUACCAUAGACUUGGUUUAACUUCACAAAUGGGUCAGUGUAAAUUUCUUGACGCAAAUGCAUCGGGAUAUGGACGAAGUGAAACCGUGGCAACUAUAAUUCUCGAAAAAUCUUGUACUGCUCAAAGAUCCCAUGGUCAGUUAAUUAACUCAGUAAUCAAUUGUGAUGGUUAUAAGCCUCAGGGAAUCACUUAUCCAUCAUGGCAAUCUCAGGCUUCCCUAAUAAGUAAAUGUUAUAAAGAAAGUUCCAUUGAUCCGACAAAAUUGGAAUACUUUGAAUGCCAUGGAACGGGUACCGAAGUUGGUGACAUGGUUGAAAUUAAAGCUCUCUGGUCAGUUAUGGGUAAUGGCCGAUCAAAGUUACCUUUACUUUUGGGUUCGGUUAAAAGUAACCUUGGUCAUUCAGAAGCGGGUUCUGGUUUAUCUUCACUGAUUAAAUGUUUAAUCAUUUUUAAAUUAAAUUCUAUUCCAGCAAAUCUUCAUUACGAAAAACCUUCAACCCACAUAACAGAAUUGGAGAAAGGUUUUGUCGCUCCAGUUUUAAAAGAAACACCAUUCAAAGGUCAAUAUAUACCGAUCAAUAAUUUCGGAUUCGGUGGUGCUAAUUGUCACAUUGUUCUUGGACGGUCAAUUCAAAAUGUCCAGGAUAAAGUAUCGUCAUCGUCCAGAGAGAAGCCAAAGAUGAACCAUCGAAGUUACAUAAUCUCUUGUCCUCGAAAAGGACUGAAAAUCUCUUCCCAUGAGUUGCCUUCCAGUUCAACGAAAUUUCCAAUCUGCUUCGCAUUCCCUGGUGCUGGUUGUCAAAUCGAUAAUAUGAUUCAACCUUUCAUGGGAUUGAAACCUUUUAGAGAAUCAAUUGAAGAUUCAUUGUCACUUGUUGAUUCAGAUGGAAGUAAAAAUGUUCGAGAAAUGAUCUCAAAUGCUCGACAAUCUCAUUGGAAAAUUUUCACUCUGGGAAUAUUUCAAAUUGCUGUGGUUGAUACUCUUAAAUCACUUGGAAUUGUACCGGACAUUAUUGUUGGUCAUUCGUUUGGUGAAUAUUUUUGUGCUUAUGCCGAUGGUGUUUUAUCCAAAGCUGAAGUUCUGGACAUUUGCUAUUCGGUUGUUCAAAUAAUCUCCUCGAUUAUCGCUGAAUCGCAAACAUUUAAAAGCUACUCAAUGAUCUCAGUUGCAUUGACCUGGGAUGAAUUAUUACCACUAAUACCCAACAAUCUGUAUCCAGCAUGUUUCAAUACAGAUAAUAUCACACUCGCUGGAUUCACUGAAGAUAUUGUCCAGUUUUCGAAUCAUCUAAAGGUUCAGAAUAUUUUCAAUCGGAUCAUUGAUUCCUGUGGAUUUGCCUUCCAUACUCAAGCAUUGGGUAAGAUUAUUGAACUUUUCCGCUGCAAGUUGACCCAUUUUUCAAAUGUUUAUCGUAAACCAAGUGAUAAAUGGAUAAUAUCUCAUGAUUCAAGUAUGAAUAGCGACAAAUCACUUAAUAUUCAAAAACUUUGCGUUGAAAUAAUUGCGAAUACAGUUCAAUUUGAAAAGGCUUGUAAAUCGAUACCAAAAAAUGCGAUUUGUAUUGAAAUAGCACCGAGAAAAUUUUUAACAUCCUUGUUAAAAUGUAAUCUAACUGAAUCAUUGAUUGUUGAGGUUCCUUUAAAGUUGCUCAGCUCAGGAAAAUUUACCAUCAACAUUAAUGAAAGUGAUAAACAAUAUCUUGGGUUUUUCCAUUAUAAUGGUUACCAAGUGAUUCCAAUUUCUGGUUUAAUUCAUUUGCUUUGGUCUAAAUUUGCUUCAUUAACAGCUCACAGUACCAAUGAUUUAGCUGUUUGUUUGGAGCGUAUUAAAUUACAUCGACUUUCAUUGUUUGAUGAUCAGAAAUUAUCGUUUCUGAUUAAAUUUCUUCCAACCAAUCAAGGCAAAUAUAAGUUUACCAUAGAAACUUAUUCCGAUAAUUUAGUAAUCAUGACAGGCUUGUAUCCGAUUUAA